AAAUCAAGAGUGAAUCAGAAAGAGAAGACAGAAUUAAACAGAAGAGUUUUGAGUUUUGAAUUGAAUGUUUGUAAAGAGUCCAUGUUAUGGAGGUCAGGAGGGAGGGAACUCCAGAGUUUGGGAGCCGAGCAGCUGAAUAGUGUUCCCAGAUUGAAAAAUCUGAACUUUGGCGAGGGUGAUGCAUUGUGUCAACCAAUCAGGGACUCGGCUUUGGGCCUGUGACAUGUUCAAUGAUGCGACCAGCGGGGUGGAGUCCAAAACCAACGUGGAAGGGAAUCUGGUCGUUAUGAUUUAUGGAAUCGGAAAUAAAAACAUCACGUGUGUAAUUACACUGUACUGUAUGUGUACUAGGUAGAAGGUGUUUUGUGUGUGGGCAGUGAGUCCGUCAGGGUGAGUUGUGUGACUGCACCAUGUGGAGUCUGUCAAGUCAAACUGCCCCCCUCCCACAGCAAAGACAAGUGCUGAGUGAGUUUUCAGUCAAACUCUGACUACUUCUGCUAAAUGAACAUUUACUCUGGAGGAUUCACACUAGAGAGAAAUCAUGAAUAGCAGUAAAUGAUGAUGCAAAAUAAGGAGAAUUAGAUUUCUAAAAACCAAGAUCCUCUCAGAGAGGACACUGACAGUCAUUCUGGUGAAAAACCAGAAAGAAACCAGACAUGAUGUCGCCUACAGCGUGUCCUUGGUCAUCGUGAUCAGCAGCCUUUUCUUACUCAAUCUAGAAAGUUGUGGAAACGGUUUGAAAUGACGGAGAAAAAGGUAAGAAAUGAACCUGAGUGUUCCUGAGGGUGCGAGGCUGUGGUGGUGGCCGUGCUGCAAACCUUUCAAAGAAAACUUCCACAAAAUCUGCACAUAAAUCCAUCCAGACAGGAGACGGCCGUACAUCUUAGAGACAUGCAGCCACACAGACGAGAUUUAAAAACGCAAAAAAAUCCAGUCUAGAAACUGUGGCAAACGAGGGGGAAGUGUCAGCUGUUGAACGAUAAGUCUCUAUUCAGCGGGGAGUGUCCCUCUGACACUGAUGCACACCACUUACUCUCUCUUUGCGUCUGCCUUCCCUGUCGUAUCUUCAUUUCCUCUUUACAGUAGCUCGCUUGUAAAGCAAUAUUAGUGACACUUGACGGCAGGCGAGUGAACUUCAAGGACAGCUUUUUCCGGUUAAAAGUGGAAACAGGUGGCGAGAUCAGAUCAUUUCCAUGGUUGGGCGGUUGAAGGCUGUGAGAAAAACCAGGAGCUCCAGUGAAAAUGACCCUCUGCUUCUGGAUGGUGGGCUGAAGAACGUUUAAGCAUCUCCACUUAAGACCCUUAGAUCUGUGACAUUUAAAUGAGAAUGGGACCCGGAGGCCUGCCAGAGACGGGUGUGAGCACCUACCCCCCGGUUUUUGUGGUUGACAGCCAGGCCAGCGACCUCCACCUACCCGUUCAAAGGAAAACCAAGUGGGCCCGGGAUGGUCAGAGGUUUCUGCUGCUGCUGGUGGGGCUGACGGUGAUCGGACUCCUUGUUGAAGGAUUUUUAAUCAUCAAUCUCUAUCAGAGGACUCAGGGGUUUUCCUCCUGUAAUCGUCUCUGCAACGUGUCCAGUCCUUCACUUUCCAGCCAGCAGAAUACUCUAAUGAGCCAAGUAGGAUCAAUUGGUCGUGUGGUGGGGGAAAACGACAUAGAACGGUGGGUCAAAGAGGGCGAGGCCAGCAAACCCUUUGCUCACCUUUUGGGUGCCAGUAAUUAUUCGGGACAGGACGACAUAGUGCAGUGGGUGAAUGAGGGCGAGGCCAGCGUCCACAACAUGCUGUACCAGAACGGUCGACUGAGAAUUCAGAAAGCUGGUCAUUACUACUUCUACUCCAAAGUGCAGCUGAUCGCAUUGAAUGAGUGUAAACUAAUUCAACACAAAGUGAUGAAAAGCACCACAGCCUAUGGCUUACCUAUAGAGCUCAUGCAAUCCAAAAGUAAUCGUUGCCGGGGCUCAAAGCACUCGAACGGAGAGGAACUGUGGAGCAGCUUCUUGGCUGGGAUUUUCCAACUAAAGAAUGGGGACGAAAUUUUUGUUAAAGUGGAGAAUAUUCAGGACAUGCGACCAGGACCGACAGAAAACUUCAUGGGGGCUUUUAUGGUUUCUCCAUAGGAAUUAUGAACAUGUAUCUGUGGCACUUUAUCCACACACAUAUACAUCUAUAUACUUGUACACCAAAGAGCUUCUUAAUGGAUAUAUUUAUGACAAAAGUAACCACUGUGACAGAGAUGUAUCUGAUAUUCAGCUUUAUAUAUUUAAUGCUACAUUUCACAAGAUGUUUUGUUAUUUUAAUAAAGUUUUUUUCAGUAAAAUAAA